CCAGUCCUCUCUCUCUCUCUCUCUCAAAAAAGAAGCAUUUCCAUAGCCGCAACGAGACAUGGCCGCUCCAACGGCAGCCGCCGACACCGCCGCCCCGCCGCCGCCGCCUCCUUCAGCCCCGGAGACCGCGGCGGCCUCUCUUGCUCCUCCUGACAUGGCUGCUCCGACCGCAGCCGCCGACACCGCCGCCCCGCCGCCUCCUGCUCCAGCCCCUCCGGUCGCCGCUCCACCACCUCCUGCUCCAGCCCCGGAGCCCGCGGCAACGGUCUCUCAUACUCCUCCCCACGUGCCCGUCCCAGCUCCAGCCGCCGACACCGCCGCUCGCCCACCUCUUCCUCCUCCAGCCCCGGAGCUCGCGGCGAAGGUAUCCCAUACUUUUCCUCCUGCUCCUCCUCAGCCCGAUGCGCCGGCGCCGAAGAAGCGGAAACCAGAAGAGGCAGGGUUCCACACCUCUUCCUACUACAAGAUCCGCGCCACCGUUGCCGACCUCCGCCUCCGAUUCGUUCAGGUUUAUGAAGCUACUGAUUUCCGAAACAGUGAAGCUGCUCGUGAGAUUCUGAAAGAGAUAAAAACAGUCAUGGAACUCUCCAAGAAGAUGAGGCUCGGUCUUGGUGCAGCUUCUGAACUCGCAAAACCGUCAGAGAAGCCUUUAGCUGUAACUGUUAAGGAUGGGCCCACAGAACCAAUUCCAUCUGGAGAAAGGAAUCAAUUUCCUCAGACAGGUCCUACUGCAAUCUCUCCUAAUAAUGCAAAUGAUGGUGUGCCGACCACCCAAGCAUGAUAAGCGGUAACCCAGGGAGCGCAGUAGGAAAUAAUAGGAGGAAACCCCAAGCAGUGAUACGGAACUUCACCCAAAGCACCUCGACAAAAUUGUGCAAGGGUCUUGUGUGGUUGGUGGAUCGCCUAUAGGCUGGAGUUUUCUUGUAUGGUCUGAAGGUAAAAUAAUUUAUUGUGGGUUGGCCAAAGAGGUGUUUAGGGCACACCAAGCUGCAAACUGAAGUAUUGUUUUCACAUUCAAGCAUUCUUUACUUGUACUCUACUCUCUCCAAUUGGUAGAGGAUGAUUUAGUUUCAAAGUAGUUAGCAUGUAACUGGUUUGUCCAUGACAUUCUGCUAUUGUAUGAAGUGUUAAUCUAUUCAAGUUAAUGGCAUUUUGCUCCUCGUUCUAAAACAA